CUGCGGCGGCGGGGCUCGGGGUGCACCGUUGAGGGGCUCCGUUGAGGGGCCCUGGGUCGGGGGCCGCUUGUCUGCCUUGGCCUCGGUUUGGCCUCGGGCCUUCCGGGACUGGCGGCCGGCGGGGAAGUGCGGGGCUCCGCCUGGACCCGUCAGGCGCCGCCGCGGGCCGGGGGGCGGGCUUCCCCGCCUUUCCUCUCCGGGCCGUGGGUUUUCAGCCGGGUGCGACUGCGCCGGGACGCUCCUGGGUGCCCAGAAAUGGCUGUUUAACCGAGCUGUUCCUUACGAAGGAGUUCGGCAAGAUCCAGGCCGGAAUUACAGUGGACCUCGAACUAUCAGGCCGUUUUCUCACCUCGAGACCUGUGCGUGGCGUGCCGAUUCCGAGCCAGCGGCCCCAGUGGCUGCUGCGCCUCAGGGAGUCGUUUCUUCUGCCCGAUUCCGCUUCCCGUGGCUGGUUGUCUUCUGCGAUGGGCACCUCUGCCUUGCUUUCAAGCCGAUGACCGCGAGCCUGUCUUCAUAAUCUGUUGUGUGGUGCCUUCCUGAAAAGGAAAGAAGAAGAGAGAACAAUUUCUGAAGAAGAGGAUGGAAGAGAGCAUCUUUCCAGAAAGAUCAGCCUUGUGUGGUGACGGUCUGCACAAAGCAAGCUGAGGUCUGCAGCCCUCUCCAUGCUACAUGAAAACAGAAGCAGGAUACUUCCAUCAUUCAUAUGCUCUUGUGCUGAAUAAUAACUUCAGAAGCACUAAAUAUGUGCAGAGGCCUAAGAAAAAAAUUUAGAGCUUGAAAAAGUAAGGUGUCUCCUGGGUAGGUGGGACUCGGGGCUCCUUUUAACCUUCAUUAAAGAUGAAAGGGGGCUGAGAAGUGGUAAGAAAAAAUAAAGCUCCACAUAGAAGAGGCACGGUUCAUUGUGAAGACUGUUGGAAUCAUCGAUACAGGCUGUGACGUCUUGCACUGAUUUCACCUUUCUGUGUGUCUGAUGCCUGUGACUUCUGGUAGGGCUUCAGCCCCAGCCCAGCCCCAGCCAUGUGGUCAGCGGAUGAGAUUGCUCAACUGUGCUAUGACCACUAUCAGAUUAGGCUGCCUAAGCAGGGCAAGCCUGAGCCCAACCGUGAGUGGACGUUGUUGGCAGCUGUGGUGAAGAUACAGUUUCCAGCUGACCAGGCUUGUGACAUCUGUGAUGAGGCAGUGCGAGUGACUAAGGAAGUGGUCUCAAUGGGAACAGGAACAAAAUGCAUAGGCCAGUCCAAAAUGAGGAAGAACGGAGACAUCCUCAAUGAUAGCCAUGCUGAAGUCAUAGCCAGGAGGGGUUUCCUACGGUACCUUCUCCAUCAGCUCCAGUUGGCAGCCACUCUGGAAAAGGACAGCAUCUUUAUCCCAGGAACUCACAAAGGGCUGUGGAAACUCAGACCAGAUCUCUCUUUUGUAUUUUUCUCCAGCCACACACCCUGUGGGGAUGCCUCCAUCAUUCCGAUGCUUGAGUUCGAAGAACAGCCUUGCCAUCCUGUCACCAUCAGCCCAUCUGCAGGAGCCAGUGGUGAUCUGGAGGCUCUUGAAAACGAAGGGAAUUGUGACGACAGUCCUGUAGCCAAGAAGAUGAGACUUGGAACUCCUUCCAAUUUGGUCACCAAUGGGACUUCUCAUUGUGACAAGCAGGAACAGGGUCCAUUCACGCCAGAGGUCAGCAGCUGGAGCCUCGCUGCACAGGGACUAACUGCUGUCACGGAAAUGCCCCGUGGCAUCAAAGUGGUGGACAUUCAUAGAACCGGGGCCAAGUGCGUCCCUGGAGAAGCCAAGGACCCGGGGAAGCCGGGUGCCGCUUACCACCAGGUGGGGCUGCUUCGAGUGAAGCCAGGCCGAGGAGACAGGACGUGCUCCAUGUCCUGCAGUGACAAGAUGGCCCGGUGGAAUGUCCUGGGAUGUCAGGGCGCACUGUUGAUGCACUUCCUGGAGGAGCCCAUCUACCUGUCCGCUGUGGUGAUUGGGAAGUGCCCAUAUAGCCCGGAAGCCAUGCAGAGGGCGCUGACCGGGAGGUGUCAGAAUGUCUCGGCUUUACCAAAAGGCUUUAGAGUUCAAGAACUGAAAACACAGCAGUCAGACUUACUGUUUGAACAGAGCCGCUGCGCAGUGCAGGCAAAAAGGCUGGACGGUCCAGGCCGGCUUGUGCCUUGUGGGGCAGCCAUUAGUUGGAGUGCAGUUCCUGAGCAUCCGUUGGACGUUACUGCCAAUGGCUUUCCACAGGGAACAACAAAGAAAGGAAUCGGAAGCCUCCAGGCCAGAUCCCGAAUCAGCAAAGUGGAACUCUUUAGAUCGUUCCAGAAGCUUCUAAACAGCAUUGCAGAGGACACUCGGCCAGACUCCCUCAGGGGGCAGAAGCUGGACACCUACCAGGAGUACAAGGAGGCUGCAUCUGCUUACCAGGAAGCCUGGAGUGCACUCCGGAAGCAGGCGUUCGGAUCCUGGAUCAAAAAUCCUCCAGACUAUCACCAGUUUAAAUGAAUAGGAAAAAUUGUCCAGCUGAGCAUGAAGAUUGGCACCUGGGUCCUAACCAUUCAGGAGGUGGAGAUCAGGAAGAUCACAGGCAGCUGGAGGCAGGCCUGAGCAAUAAGCUUCUGAGACCCUAUCUCAAUCAACACAAGCUAGGUGGUGGCGCGCACCUCAUCCCAGCUACAUGGGAAGGAAGGAUAUAGAGGAUCACAGUCCAACCCCACUUAAUCACGAGACACUUAAAAAAUGCUGGGACAUGCCACACGGCACUGCUCCUGCCUAGCAAGUGCAAGGCCCUGAGGUCAAACCCCAGCAUCAGCAGAAAAGAAAGUUUGCAGGCUUGCUGGUAGCAGGAGUCUUCAUUCUGGACAAACAUGAGCUUUUCUGGUGACUAGAUCAAGUUGGACUGGGGCAUUUUACUAUUGCUUGGUAUUUGGCUUUGGUUGUGUUUUGUUGCUUCUCUAAAAUACAGAACUUGGAAUGUGA